AUGGCGACUCCAGCAACACACCGUACUCCCACAGGGGAAGAAAACAAUACUUCGCGCCAACCUCCGAGCAGAUUUCCGACGCUCUCAGCGUCAUCGCCUCGUCAAGGUCCAAAUGCCAGCAAUUUUGAUGGAAAUCCGGAUGACCCCAUUGUUUUGAGCGAUUCGGACGAUGAAGACUCAGAUCACCAGCCGGGUUGGGUGGACCUGACAUCUGACAACGAGCGUGAUCGUUCACUCAACCCAUGGCGUCGGGUCAACCAUAAACCGCAGCAGUCUACGUCAAGUCCCUCACAGUUGCGCUCGGCAUUCUCAACCAGGCAAAGUCCACAAAUCAGAGACAGUGGACAAGCUAUCCUCCCUAGGCCCGUAAUUAUAAAUCAGUCCUCUGCAGGAGCACCACGCAUUGUACCACGGCCUACUGAUUCUACGGGAGGACAGACAAAUCUCGUGGGACGUAGAAAAGCUCUAGAUUUCUCUGCUCGGAAGCCGCAAGUGCAGCCGAGAGGCGGGUAUGAGGUGAGAACGGGGAUGGCAGAAGCCCCAGUCUCUGGGAGGACUUCUCUCCAAACUUUCUCAGCGGCCUCGAUAUAUUCAGACCCUGCACACCAAAGAUCUCCUGAGGAACCGGGACGUGUGCCUUUCCGGCCCACAGCGACAAAUUCUCAAAGCAUUGUCAGACCGAUCUUAGCGAACUCCAUCAAUCAAACUCUCCAGGACCGACACAAGCGUAUCGCUCCCAACCUUUUCAGCCAAAACGUGUACAGAUCCUCACGAAGUUCUCUUCCAGAUACGAUCAACGAUAAUUCAAUACGCACGAAUAAUAGUACUGAGCCUCCAGCUGAAGAUCCUCGUUCCGGUAGGUCUGACCACUCACCAUUGCUUAGGGAAUAUAGCACAACUCAAUCGAGAGGGCCCGUAAGCAGCGCUGUAGGGGCUUCUGCUCACAAUGGACAACAUGCUCAUGGCCCUCAACCCAGUAUCUCAGCGGAAUCAUCUAGCCUCCCAUUGUAUCGCCUGAGACCCGUAAACCCUGUCCACGAAGUUAUCGGGCGGCCUUCCAACGGGACAAUGCGAGCAUCUCCAGCAGAUCAGGAGAACCGCGCUCCCGGACUAAGGUUCGAACGUCCAGUGGAAUCGGCUACUCAGAGCAUUCUCCGGCGUACGAGGCCAGAGCAUGAAGAACGAGCAAUAGGUGGUGCGAGGACCAAUGUACUCUCUGGCGAAGCAAUUGAGCGAGGAAGAAAACCCGACCAAAGGGAAUUCCUGCCUGUUCACCAUAUACCAGAGAAGCAAGCCAUUGAUCAGAAUGCCCAGACGGACGGCGCGACUGCAGAAAUGAUUGAGGACGACAGCUUCGCAUCUGAUGAUUCAAAUACAACCCCUUCCGUAGCUCGCAUCGAACCCAGACUGGAGACAAUGAAAGCCAUCAUCGAGAAUCUGAGAAAAGACCAACAAGCAUGCCGAGAAAGAUCGGUGCAAGCCGAGCUCAGGCAGGCUUCUGUGGAUAUGAGAAAGCGAAGUGGCCCGGUGGUUGAUGCUAAGGCAGCUGACCCUUUCGCCGUUCUUACAGAAAAACGUCGAUCUGAAUAUGCAGCAGAGUCAGCCUCACUGAUCAAGCCCCAGAGCAAGAAGUUGCAGCUGAUUCCAGCGUGUGAGACGUCAUUCUGGACUGGUGGAACAAUAUUGCCAAAGUACAAGGCCAUUGGGAGAGUAUCUUCAAGUUUCCUUUCGCCCGGAUUCCGGACAGCUAAAUAUCAUCCCUACGAUGCAGAGGAUGAGAUACAAGAUCCAGAUAAGACGAGAAAGUAUGAAGAGCGAUAUCAGAGGUUGAACAACAAUUUUGAAAGCUUAGUCGCCCAGCGACAUUGUCAGGAACUUGUCUGGCUGUGGAAGCCUUGGGCAGAAGACCUCUUGUCGGUUCUCAAGAUACAGGACACCGAUGUGCUAUACUUUUUCAUGAUGGCACACUUUGAUCCUGAGCGUCACAUUGAAGUCGGCGAUAUUCCAAAAUUGAGGGAGGAGCAAUCCAACAAAUGCCGAUCAUGUGGACUUGGCCCUGACAGUAGGCGGACGCACUUCGAAGAAACCUUCAGCAGUCUCCCAAAACCUGACGACGAAACCCUUGCGCUUGCUGGAAUCGCGGCAUAUGCCUUCCAUGAAGCUACCGACGUGAGUCUCUGGCAUAUAGCACUUGGUGGGCUCAUACAGCCACGGUAUGAAGACCCCAGUGCGAAGCGCAACAAGGAUCUCGAACUUUGUGUCAUUUGCUUCCGCCAUCAAUGUCCCGAUCAUGGUUCAUAUGAAGAGCCUGCUGAAGAUGUUUCCGGAGCUAAGGACCCCGACGAGGACAUCGCCGCCUUUAUCAGUGACACCGCUUUCAUCAAUGAUGAGGAGCGAGAUCACAACAUCCGGAAAUUCAUUUCGCUUCCAAUGCGAAAUAAGACUGGGUGUGAAUCGCAUACAUGUGGGAUUUUCUGCGUCGACCCUUCGCGAACUCUGAGGCAAAUCCUCGGUAGGCAAGCGGACGGCACAGUCGACGGAGACUUCCGUCCAGUUACACAGCGCCGCCAUAUUCUUGAGGACGGUGAGCUCUGCGGGUCAUCAUGCUUCUGGGACACCACUCAAAGACGCAAUAUCAAGAUUACAGAGGUCAAAUUUCAACCAUUUCAAUCACACUCGCAGAAAGUGGUGGUUGAUAAGGCAUUGCAAUUCUACCUCAACAACAAGCGAGGGCCGUGCCUCAUUGCGCAGAUUGUUAAAGAUGUCAGUUGCAUGAGGAUUUUUGAGUACUUUAUUUGGCGUAUAGCAAGCAAAGCUCACCCGAGUGUGGAUGGGGAGAUCACGUCUGACAGUAGUACCGCUCAGCGGAUCAACCAUGCACGAAAGAAGAAGAAGCCGCCGCCGCCAAACAUUGACACCUCCUGGAGUGCCGAACUAGAUGAUCGAAAAGCAUUCGUACCUUGCUCGCACGAGGGGCCUUGUUACAACAAUCCGGCCUGCUCCUGUUCCAAAAGCAAAGUACAUUGUGAACGAAUGUGUGGCUGUGACGAGUCAUGCAAGCGACGCUUCCGAGGCUGUACGUGUACUAUGCGAGGAAACAAAAACUGCUUCAAAGAUAGCCGGUGUGACUGCUGGUCCCACAAUCGCGAAUGUGAUCCGUUCCUCUGCGGCAAAUGCGGCGUCCUCGAAGUCCUGGAUUCCAACAACAAGUACAACGAGGAGAUCAGGAAGGGACGAUGCAGAAAUAAUCGCAUCCAACUCGGUCUGCUUGCGCCUACUACCAAAGCGCCAAGUCAGGUCCAAGGCUAUGGCCUCUACAGCAAGGCGGCCAUCCCUGCUGGGGAGUUUAUUGGGGAAUAUACUGGCGAAAUCAUCAACAUCCGCGAAGGAGACAGAAGAGGGGCAAUGUACUCGGUGCUGAAGCAAGAAUAUCUUUUCAAAAUAAAUGUCACCCAGGAGAUCGACGCUUCGAACUAUGGAAACAAGAUGAGGUUCAUGAACAACUCGCAGCUUGACGAAUAUAUCAAUGUUGAGCCGAAGAAGCUCUGGUGUAGUGGAGUGGUGCGGCUGGGCCUCUUUGCGAGGCGCUUCAUCGAACCUGGUGAGGAACUCCUCUACAACUACAAUUAUCCGGAAUCUGUCAGCAAGCAUUUCUGGGAACCGGGCGAGAAACCAGCAAAUGCCAGGAGAGCAAUCCCAAUGGCAUCAGAGCGCAUUGCGAGGACGACCGAAGCCAAUGCAAUCACAGCGGAACAAUCCAAUCACCCCAUCAGAGAGGAGAGUAGUCAAUCACCACUAUUGUCUCGCCAUGCCAAACGCAAACGGCCUCCCGAGGACUCCCCCAGCGUGUCCAGCCACAGGAAUCUGACUCAAUCGAGUGGUGAAGGCAGUUCGACCGAAGAAACACUGGAAGUACCAGAAAUUUCAGAGACAGAUGAUUCGGAGUACUCCGAGACGAGUGGUCAGGUGUCUGAGGGUGGUGAAGAAGCCGAUGAGCUCUCUGGUGAUGAAUCCGAGCUCGACCCCAUUCAACUUCUACCUACGAGAAGGAGGGGUUCGCGCCCGUCACUGCUGACUGGCCGGGCAACCUCGAGGGCCAGUAGUCUAAGGCAUAGUACAGAUGGUGGGAGUACUAGGUCUCGAUCGCAGCAGGGUAGCAAACCUUCGGCAACGUCAAGCGGGCGACGGGGAGCUGCAGGAGGAAGUGUCCAGAUGGUCAAGCGCAGGCGCAAAAUCGGGCCUAACGACAGAAGAUUAGGUGGGAGGUCGCAGCAACUUGCAUGGCAGACAAGAAGAGCAAGGGAAAAUCAAGAACGAGGUAACACGGCCGCCACCAACGAUGUUUGA